AUGGAUAGAAAUUUAAGAUUGACAGAUUUAAAAAAUCAGCUACAACAUUUUACUGACCAAAACAACAAACUUCAUGAUGAACUAAUAGUUGUACAAAAAACAUAUGAUCAAGAGUCCAAAAACAAUGAAAUUCAAAAACAAAAACAUUUAGGACUCAAAAAUAUUAUUACAGCUUACCAUAACGUCAUUAAACUUUGCAAUCCUAAUGCUAAUAUUUUAGAUGUAGAUAUACUUACUAGAGAAGCUCCAAAUGAUCAUAAUUCUUUGAUAAUAAACAGUUCAACUCCUCCUGCCGUCUUAAAAUCAGGUAUUGGAAUCUCAAUCAAAAAUAAUGAUAAUUUAGAAAUUACAGAUAAUGUCGCACCAUUAGGUUUGUACAAUAAAUGUGGUAUUUGCAGUCGUACAAAUGAUCAACAUUUGCUGGCGAAAUGUGACACAUGCUAUUUAUACUAUCAUUUGGGUUGUUUAAAUCCACCGUUGACUAGAAUGCCUAAGAAAACAAAAUUAUUUGGAUGGCAAUGCAGUGAGUGUGAUAAUAGUAAUUCUAACUCUGAACCAGAAACAGUUGAUCCAAAUGCUCCUAGAAAAUUGAGAUAUGGUGGAAGAGAGCGAUCUGUAUCAGACAGCCAUAGAUCGUCAUCUAUUGCUAAUGAUUUACAGGAUAUCAAUAGUCUUACAGAACAGCAUAAAAUGCCUGGAGGAUCAAAGAAAAAAAAACAUGAACGCCACAGGGAAAGAUAUUCUCCAGAGAUAAUAACAAAACGAGUUAAGUCUCGCAAACGCAAACACAAGCAUCACAGGGAUAAUAAUAUUUCAGAAUUGGAACCAGCUAACGAUUACUUAGUUAAUGAAGCACCCCGACAAGGAAUUAAGCUAUUUAUAAAAUCUGUACCAAGUGCUAGUGGAGUUAAGACAACAUCUUCGCAAUUACUUAUUGCAUCACCAGUAGAUGAAACACCUCAGACAUCUACAAAACUCAAACCAGAAAAGAGUGUUGCACCACUCAGAAUAACCACAACAUUAACAGAUAUUAAAUUGACUCCUAAAUGUAACACUUGUCAAACAACUGGAACAAGCAUUACAAUGGUUCAGUGUGAUGAAUGCAGUAAAAAUUUUCAUUUUUGUUGUCUUGAUCCUCCAGUGAAAAAGUCACCAAAAGUACGUGGGUACUCAUGGCAUUGUGCUGAAUGUGAUCCAACGGACAGUGAUUCUUCUUAA